AUUUAGUUGUACAACGAUAUAUGUUUGAUACUGUUGGUAUAUUCUUUGUAUGGAUUCAACAGUUCUUCCUAUUAUAUCUAAUUGGGUGUGAUUAGCACCAAUCCCACUCAACCAGCUCCCAAUCUCUCUUCUUUGAGAAUAAAAAUUCAAUCUUUACACACAGAGAGAGAGAGAGAGAGAGAGAGAGAGAGAAAGAGAGAGCUUUGUGUGUUUGUGUUUUGUGUUUGUGAGAGUUUUUCUUCAUUGUGCAAUGGUUUCCAGUUAUGGUAGUGGCAUGAGGACCAGGAUUCAGGGAGGAACUGGGCCUCUCUGAAUUCCCAAUUUUUUCAUUGUUUCAAGCUUUGGAGCUCUUUUCUUAGCUGGGAUAAAAGUUGGGUUUUGACUUUUGAGUGAAUGUGAAGAAGCUUUCAAGAGAAAAAAGCUUUCUUUUUUGUGUUCUGGGUUCAUCUCCUUUCAUCAAAUCAAGUUCUUCAACAGAUUUUCUGAGCAACCCAAGAGGCUCUCAAGAGUGUUAGACUGGUGGAAAAUCUGAGUUGAUAUUUUGAGUUUGAAAGGGGUUUAGUGUUGUUACAUAUGACUUUUAGAACCAUCAGGGAAACAGCAGCCAAUUGUUGUUUUUUCAGAGAAAUUAAAGCAUUCAUAGAACUCUUUUGAUUUGAACUUUGGCAAUGUCAGUUGGUUGUUGAGACAAGACUCAUGAUCCUUGAUAGUUCGAAAAGCAUUGUUUGAACUCCUUCAUACAUACAUAUCUGUCUAACUUCUGAGUAGUUUUUGAUUGGUUAAGUUCCUUAUACAGGGCAAAUCUCCUCUUGGCAGUGAAUGAACCAAGAAAGAAUCUUUGGUUUCUUUUUUGGGGCAAAUCUCCUUUGGCAUUAGAUUUCGGUCUAAAUAUUGUUGUUACUUCUGGAUUCAGCUCUUUUGGGCAAAUCUCCUUUGGCAAAGUUACUUACUUUAUUUAUCCCUUUUGUUUGAGUGACACAUCCCUUUAUCGUUUGGAAAAAUCUCCUUGAUAUCGAGCGGUUAAGUUCACUCAUUCCUUUGGGACUUAUCUCAUUCUGCAGUUGCAUUAUCAUUUGGUAUCUGCAGUUGGAAACUUCAAAUCAAGAUUUCCUUUGGGCAAAUCUCCUUUGGCAUUAUUAGGAAGUCCUCGGUUGGCUUCCAUCGUCCUUGUUGGGCAAAUCUCCUUUGGCAUUACAUCUCCUGUUUUGGAGAUACAGGCACAUUAAUUUGUGUCACUUAUCAACUGGGAAAUUCAAGUGUUUAUCACAAAGAAUUGUUCUAGUUUUUCCCUAUCGAUUCUACUAAAACUGCUCAUCCUUAAAGAAGUUGGAUUGUCCACAUUGCUAAACAAGACUUGAGCGAUGGAUCUAUACACAAGCGACUCUGACUGGGAAAGUUCAAGUGAUAGCGGUAUGGAAGAUCAAGAAGAAAUCGAUUUUUUGUAUGGUGGACAAGCUCAAAGCAUUUUCUCAAGUUUGGAACAAAGCAUUGAAAAAAUUGAUGAUUUUCUCUCAUUUGAAAGAGGAUUUAUGCAUGGGGACAUGGUUCUUUCAGCGACUGAUCCCUCGGGUCAGAUGGGAAGAGUAGUUGGCAUUGAUAUGCUUGUGGAUUUGGAGAAUGUUCAAGGAAAAAUAGUGAAAAAUGUCAACUCCAAAAAUCUCUCGAAAAUCAGAUCCUUUUCGGUUGGAGAUUUCGUUGUUUGUGGACCAUGGCUUGGUAAAGUUGCUAGAGUCAUUGAUCAUGUAACUGUUGUCCUUGAUGAUGGAACAAAAUUUGAAGUGAAUACCACGGAUCAUGACAAGCUACUACCGAUGUCUCCAAACAUACUCGAAGAUGCUCAAUACCCGUACUAUCCAGGACAAAGAGUCAAGGUUAAGCUCUCAAAUGGUUCCAACUCGGCUAGAUGGCUAUGUGGUACUUGGAGGGCACAUCAAGAUGAAGGAACUGUUUGUGGUGUUGAAGCUGGUUUGGUGUAUGUUGAUUGGCUCGCCUCUCUUCUCACGCCUAAUAAUCCAGAUCUUCCUUCUCCACCACGUGUGUUGAACUCCAAGAAAUUGACAUUGCUGUCAUGCUUUUCCCAUGAAAAUUGGCAACUUGGUGAUUGGUGUAUACUUCCAAUUUCGGGUCCUGCAUCAUCUACUACACAAAAACACAUCAACACUCAAAAGACAUUCGAAAGAGGACUCGGAAGAAAUUCUAGCUCAAACAUUGAGGAAAUAUCUGUAAUUGUCAAGACAAAGACCAAAAUUGAUGUUGUGUGGCAAGAUGGGAGUAUCUCUUUAGGACUAGACUCGCCAAUGUUGCUUCCCGCGAGUGUUGUAAAUUCUUAUGAAUUUUUCCCUCAACAGUUCAUACAAGAAAAAGCCACAUGUGAUGAUCCUCAAACACUUAACAGCCAAAAAUGGGGUGUUGUUUUGAGUGUGGAUGCAAAGGAACAAACUGUGAAGGUACAAUGGAGAACUCUUGCCACUCAUGAACCGAGUAAUUUGGAUGAUGAGCAGACAGUUGAAACUGUAAGCGCAUAUGAAUUGAUUGAGCACCCUGAAUACUGCUACUGUUUCGGUGAUCUAGUGUUCAGGUUGGUGCAGAAUCAAUUCGAUGAUGAAGCUGAUAAUAAAGACCAUCUAAACACCGAGUUUUCCAAGAGUGAAGAGGGUACUGCAGACUAUGAUAAUAACAAGUUUUCUGAUACAUGCUAUCUGUCCUGCAUUGGCAAUGUGACGGGGUUCGAAGAUGGUGGUGUGGAGGUGAAAUGGGCUAAUGGCAUUACAAGCAAGGUUGCGCCUUAUGAACUUGUUCGGGUGGAUAAACAUGAUGGUGCAGCUUCAAUCUCUGUGGAUGAAGAAGUUGAGGACUUGAGCGAAGAUAUGAUCGAACAUGACAAACAAUGUUCAAGAGACAAAAAAAUGGAUUCAGUUAUUUCAACUGCGGUGGAUGUUGGCUGCAAGAAACACCUAUGGGAGACUGCUUCCUUUUCCCUUCCACAAGCCGCCAUUGGUUUUUUCACAAACAUAGCUGCAAGUCUACUUGGAACCUUUGACUCGAACUUGGAUCCAGAUUCAACACCAUUAGUUCAAGUCCCCGAAGUUCAAAGUGAAUCUAAGAUGUCUAAUGCAAAAGAAGUAAUGGAAGGGAAUGAUCUUUGUUCUGAAUCAGAACUAGUAACCGAGUUGGGUAUAUUUGGAAACAGACAUGUAAAUAAGGCAGAUAAACAGAUUCAAGAGGAUAAAGAUCUACCCCAUGUGACCAAAAAUGAUAAUCUAGAUAAGUUUAGUCAGUUUGAUAUGGUUGCAGAUUGUUCCGACCACCAUUUUCUUGACACCAGUGUAGGGUUCACAUUGUCACAGGCCAAAAGAAGUUGGUUAAAGAAGGUUCAUCAAGAAUGGAGCAUACUAGAGAAAAAUCUCCCUGAAACAAUCUAUGUUCGAAUCUUCGAGGAAAGGAUGGAUAUAAUCCGAGCAGCCAUAAUCGGUGCAGCUGGAACUCCAUACCAUGAUGGUCUUUUCUUCUUUGACAUUUAUCUACCACCUGAAUAUCCCAAUGUUCCACCAAUGGUACACUAUAAUUCUGGUGGUCUCCGUCUUAACCCCAACUUAUAUGAGUCCGGAAAAGUCUGUCUCAGUCUUCUCAACACAUGGACAGGCUCAAACACUGAAGUGUGGUCAGAGACAUCAACUAUUCUUCAAGUGCUUCUCUCACUUCAGGCUCUUGUGCUUAACGAAAAGCCUUACUUCAACGAAGCUGGCUACGAUCAGCAGAUAGGAAAAGCCGAAGGGGAGAAAAACUCAGUAAGCUACAACGAGAAUGCAUUCCUCGGGACCUGCAGAUCCAUGUUGUACCUACUACGUAGGCCACCUAAGCAUUUUGAGGCACUUGUGGAUGAACACUUCAGCAAACGCUCUCAUCAUAUUCUAAUGGCGUGUAAGGCCUAUAUGGAAGGAGCUCCGGUGGGUUGUGGUGAAACCGAAGGCAACCCUCCAAAGGGAAGCUCGACGGGGUUUAAAAUUAUGCUUUCGAAAAUCUUCCCAAAGCUGGUUGAGGCCUUUUCCAUUAAGGGAAUUGAUUGCAGCCAAGUUACAUUACAACCCGAAAAAUGAGCAGAAGAAGCUGCAAAUGUUUCAAGUGACAGAAGUAGAUGUUGGUAACCAAAUCUUUCUGUACUUUUGUAUAAUUUGUAUAAUAGUUAUAGUUAGUGUGCUGAUUGAAUUGAAAUCCAUCCAACAAAAAAAAAGAAACAAAAGCAAGAAGAUAAUGCUUUUGGAAGAUCUUAUGGUAUGUUUUUGAUUGAGAAUGUGGUGAUUGAUUCACUCAUAAUAAAGUGUUAUGUAAUAUAUUAAAGGUGUAAUCUUUCUCCUUUCUCAAGGUCUUAAAUUGUUGUAAUAUAUGAAUAUUGGUGUUGUGAAAUAAGUUGGAUUUGAUUUGUGUGA